AUGUGCGAAAAAAUCAUCCAGUACGACUGUGGCCACAUGUGCCGUCGCGCAAUUCGCUGCGCUGAACAACAACUUAAGCAUCGCCACUCGGUAACUUGCUUCUCCAGCCUCGCCUACGCCUACGCCUACGAGCAAAACCAUCACGAGACCCCCCAGUUCGAGCGGCGCGCUACCCUCUGCCCAAAGUGCGAAGAAAAAGGCAAGGGUGGUGAUGUAUACUAUAACAGUGUCCGACGAGUAAGCGCUCCUCCGAUCGCGGCAAACCAGAAUUCGAUGCUGGUCCAGGAGAAGGAAAAGAGCACAGUGACCAAGGUGAGUGCCAGCCUUGGCCGAUCCAACUCCAAUCCUGAACGGCCUCCCUCCCAUCGUCUAAGGCGAGUCCGGGAUGCGGGCAUUAGCUCACUGCGCAACGAGUACAAUCGCCUUGAACCAAGUCUCGAACCACACCUUGAGAAACGACCUGAAUCACACCUUGAGCAGCGUCUCGAAUAUCGUCUUGAACCACCUCAGAAUAACGGCUUUGAAGCUCGGCGCGGUCGAGCACACCGCCCAAGGAACAUCAUCACGCGAGGUCUUGAGUUGGACUCGUUUGCGUCUGCAUAUGUCCCGUUCCGCGAAAGAACACCAACUAGCCCAGAUAGCUUUAAAGGCCUGCUAGAUUACGCCGAAAGCACACACAACGUGUCCAGUCUUUCUCUCGGUGGACUCCGCCGUUCGACUUCGGUACUAAAGAUGCUCCAAAAGGGCCUCGAGAGGAAGACUUCGGACGAGUCAUUCGUCUGCGCAUCAGCAAGAGAAGUGGAAAAGGGCGAGAGAUACGAAUAG